AUGUUCCAUACAGGAGCAUUAAUGAUUUUCCCACUUGUUGGUAUUUCAACAAACAAUGUUGUUCUGACUCGAACUUUGCCUUUUGAUACCCAUUUUUAUUAUUUAAUGGGUUUAAGUGAAAUAAUUAUUUCUAAAAAUAUUCCUGAGCGACGAACAUUAUUAGCUGUUGGAAGGGAAGCAUUAACACAAACAUACAGAAUUAGAGCUGAUUAUGAAAAUGAAUGGAAUACAAAUGAAAUAUAUUAUAAAAAUGCCGAAAAAGCAUUUAAAAUAAUUUAUAGAAAAAAUAAAAUUGAAUUUAAAAAUUUUAAAACUUUAAUUAAGGAAACAAAAUAUAUUUUUUGUAAUCUUCAACCAAAAUUAGAUUUUGAGGAAAUUGAAGAAAUAUUUUUAACUGAGGAAAAUUUAAAAGAAAAAGUUAAAUUUAUUGGCGGAAUUAUUGCUACGGAGCCUGCACCAAUUACCCACGUAAUUUUUUUGCAAUAUUACGAGUCCAAUAAUGUGUUUUGUUAA